CUGAUGGUUCUGAAUCGGAAGAAUGUCACGACACGACAUUAGAUACGAUAUUGUCUGAAGUUGAAACGCUGUAUUAUUCUAAUUUCACUAUGACCUUGGAAACAAUUGUCGCUGGAGGAAAAAAUGUGAUGGUGUUCGAGAACAAAAUGGAGUAUGACGUCUUCGCUGAUAUUACUGAGAAUAAAAUGAGCUUACCAAAGCAACUGAAGCCUGGUUCUGACUUUUCAAUUGUAUUGCACUACAAAGGUUUUGAGAAACCAGGAACAAUUUUUGAGAAGGGCUUAAGAGACAGUAAAAAUGGGUUUUUGUCGUCCGGUGUAUUGAUGAUUAAUUUCUCACCGGAAUUCGAGAAGCUAGAUGCAGACUUGCUUUGUGAAUUUGUGUUUGUGAUAGACCGUUCAGGAUCGAUGAAUGGAGAACGCAUUGAUAAAGCUAAAGAAACAUUAUUGUUGUUGCUCAAAAGCCUGCCUAUCAACUGCAUAUUCAAUAUUGUCAGUUUUGGAACAACAUUUACGACAUUGUUUUCAAAGAGUAAACCAUAUAAUGAGGAAACUUUGGAGAAAGCUCUGGAACUUCAGAGAAAUAUGUGCGCAGAUAUGGGAGGAACAGAAAUUUUCAAGCCAUUGGAGAAUAUUUUCAAGAACAAACAUUCAGGCUCUUAUGCUAGACAAGUAUUUUUGCUGACAGAUGGGCAGGUUAGCAAUGUAUCAAAAAUAGUACAGAUGGUAAGAAAGCAGGAAAACACAAGGGUGUUUACGUUUGGUAUUGGAAACGGCUGUUCGACGGAAUUGAUACGGAAUGUCGCCAAAGUCAGCAAUGGAAAGGCAACAUUUGUGAAAGAUAAAGAUCGACUGCAGUCAAAGGUUAUGUCCGCUAUGAGAUGUAGUUUACAACGUGGAAUUGCUGAUGUGUCCUUAACAUGGACUAUCCCUGAAGGUUGCACUGUUAUAAAUGCACCUGAUGAAGUACCUCCCGUUUACCCUGGAGAAAGGAUAAUCUUGUAUGCAAUAAUUUCCGGUGAUAUUCCGAAGGACUUCUCAGGCAAACCCACUUUGAUGUUGACUGGUAAAGCUGGCAAAAAGAAUGUUAAAUUUUCCAUGGAGUUUGACAUGAACUCGUGCACUCAUGCCGACGAUUCUUGUCCGCUUCACAGACUUGCUGCUAAGUCGAAAUUGACUGAGAUGGAACUGAAUAUGGCUGACGAAAAUGCGUUGGUGGCACUAAGCACUGCAAUGAAUGUUCCCUGCAAAUACACAGCUUUUGUUGGCGUGGAUAAAACGGCAACACCUUUGACUUCUGAGGAUGUUGAAAUGGAAUCGUGCAGCAAUGAAUCGUUUGAUCUGUCUUCUUACAAUUUGACAUCCCCAACGUCUAAACCUAAAUCAGGAUUUGGAGAGAAGUUUGUUGAAUUUUUUUCAAAUAUAUUACCCAAAACCAUGAUGCAGAGUAAAGAUGCGGACGUGUCUACAGAUGGUUCAAAACGUAUGAAGUCCGCAUCAAAGCGACCACCGUCUUCAAGUUCCCCUGGUGCAUUGCAUUAUAUGGCUCCUGUUUUUUCGAGACUUGAAAUGUUGGACUGCUCAGUCUAUACAUCGACGAAGUUAAGCGGCGUACGAACUAAGCGGCGGUCGAAGAAAUUCUUGUGUCAAACUGAUUGCCCUAUGGCUAAGAACUUCAUCUCUACAGGUGUUUCAGACACGAUGAUGUCCUACGAAUCUCAUGCAAUGGAGAGUGCGAUGAUGAAUUCUCCAAUGGAUGAAGAUCAUGAACGUAGAGAUGUUGUGAAAGGCACAGGUUUUGUCAAAGAUGACAACAUUUGGAAAAUGAUGCAGUUGAUUGAGAAACAGAAAUUUGAUGGAUCUUGGCAGUUAGACAACUUAUCAAGUAUGUUAAACAAGCCAGAGGAAGAAAUACAGGGAUCAUCAAUAGUUAAGGACACAGACGUGUGGGCCACAGCUCUUGCUAUUGCGUUCUUAAAAAAAGAAUUCCCAGACAAAAAGGACGAGUGGGAAAUGAUAGUGGAAAAAGCUUUGAAUUGGCUGAAGACAAAGGACACGGAGGAGAAAGACAUCGUGCAGGAAGCCAUGAUAUUUCUGUCGGCAUAACCCGAUGAUAUUAUAUGGUUAUUAUAAUCCACAAUGAGUCAUGCGUCCGUCACAUCAUGCAUAUUGAUGACCAAUGGUAUAACAAGUUGUAGGUCACAUCAUAUGAAUGAAUGAUGGAAAUGUCUUCGAGUAAAUGAAUUCAAAAAAAAAGUUUUUGUGAAAAUUUGUUGUGCUCUACAAUGUUCUUUGUGUACCCCAAUUUAUGUCAAUUAUAAGAAGUAUAUAUAUACAUUGCUAGGUUUAGAUUAGGUUCUCAUUAGGAUAUAUAAAGAUGGAAAGAACGAAAAUAAUAAUUAUUAUAGAUGGUAUCUACAUGUAAGUAAGCGAUGUUGAUGUAUGAUGCAUAAACCUUUGGGCGAUAAAUUCAUGGUUAAGUAUUACUGUAAGCAGUGUAAUGGUAAUGUAUUAAACUGGUACAGUUAGCACAGAUAUGUUAAUAUAUUUAAGAAAAUAUUUAAGUUUAAAGUUCAGUAUCAAGCAUUUCAUGACCAGAUUCUUGUUGCCAAUACCAUUUUACGCUUUCGUUUUGUAACAUAUUAGAUAUAUGUCUAUUGAAUCAAUAAAUCUAAAAAUAUC